UGGCGUGCCCCCUUGCUCAGUGUAGGUAACAUAGUCAGAAGUUCAGGCAAAGAAUGAAACUGUCAAGUUUGCACUUCGUUGUAUUUCCGCCAUCAUAUAGACCAGAGUCCACCCCAUUUGAAGCCCACACUUCCUAAAACAGCUGCUGCCUCUGAAGAAACUCAUGAACUCUUUUCUACUCUCCACGGUAGAAAGAAACGGAAGGGAACUGAUAUCCUCCUCAUCAGCAGGUCGUACUUGUUCAGAAAGCAGCCAUUAGGCAGGUAUGCAGCAGUUUCUGUUUCUCACUGCGGAAGAAGUUUCACACGUAGGCGUAUUAUAUUUCCAGGCUAGCUGGAUUUACGGUAAAGCCGCGGGACAGUUUGAGCUGUAAAUGAGAAGCCUACCGUUUAUUUUGACGUCAGAUUUCCCGGGAACAGUCGCGCUGCCAGCCUGCAUAACCGGUAGUUAAUGUUAUGAGGGACAGUCAGAAAAUUUAGAUUAAAGCACAGCUAACUGCAACACCAGUCCAGCAUGACAGGGAUGACAGCCAGUACAACAAACUACCUGUGGUCUUUACAAGAUGUCCUCGGUCAAGGGGCUACUGCCAGUGUCUACAAGGCACGCAACAAGAGGUCGGGUGAGCUGGUAGCCGUCAAGGUGUUUAAUGUGGUGAGCUACAACCGCCCCCAUGACGUCCAGAUGAGAGAGUUUGAGAUACUGAGGAAGCUCAACCACAGCAAUAUUGUCAGUCUGCACGCUGUGGAGGAGCUGCCUUCUAAACAGAAGGUGCUGGUGAUGGAGUAUUGUUCAGGAGGAAGUCUGCUCACCCUGCUCGAGGAGCCAGAAAAUGCCUUUGGCCUGCCUGAAACAGAGUUUCUCAUAGUUUUGCAGUGUGUAGUGCAUGGGAUGAACCACCUGCGAGAAAAUGGAGUGGUACACCGGGACAUUAAGCCAGGUAACAUCAUGCGGCAGGUCGGGGAGGACGGCAAGUCUGUUUAUAAGCUGACUGACUUUGGAGCAGCAAGAGAGCUGGAAGAUGAUGAGAAGUUUAUGUCUAUCUACGGAACUGAAGAGUAUCUGCACCCAGACAUGUACGAACGUGCUGUGCUGCGUAAGCCUCAUCAGAAAUCCUAUGGCGUGAGUGUAGACCUGUGGAGUAUUGGUGUGACAUUUUACCACGCUGCCACUGGGAGUCUUCCCUUCGUACCGUAUGGAGGACCUCGCAAGAACAAGCCCACCAUGUACAAAAUAACUACAGAGAAGCCUAUAGGGGCAAUAGCUGGAAUACAGCGGGUGGCGGACGGACCCAUAGAGUGGAGCUACCACUUACCUCACAGCUGCCAACUCUCACAGGGUCUGACGUUGCAGCUGGUUCCAGUACUAGCAGGCAUACUGGAGUCUGAGCAGGAGAGGUGUUGGGGUUUUGACCAGUUCUUCACAGCCACCACACAUAUACUGCAGCGGCAGCCAGUUCACCUCUUCUCUCUGCAACAGGCCGUGGCGCAUUGUAUCUACAUACACCACUACAACACGGUGUCAGUAUUCUUUGAGGAGGUGGCGUCUCAGACUGGUAUAGGAGUACAGCUGCAACAUCUACUGUACCUGGGUCACGACCUCCCUCUGGAGGGCAACAUGAAGGUGGUCAAUCUCCCGUGUACUUCACCUGCCCAGCCCCUCAUUCUGCUCAGCUAUGGGCCUGAAGCAAAUACCACCCUGCCCUUCAGAGAACCAGAGACUCCAGUCAUCCCAUCCAGGUUUGAUGUUACAGCAGAUUACAACUUCUCAAAGGUAGUAGUGGGAGUGGUCCACCAGUAUCUGAGGAUAGUACGGUUGCUGCACACACACCGAGAGCUGCUACUGCAAGGAUACUACAGCUACAUGAUGAGGUUGCGUCGGGAGUGUGGAGAAGCAGUGCACAGUAUUGCGAUGAUCACCAUUAGAUUGCAGGCUUGCCUCAACAUAGAACACAGGAUUCACACACUAGGCCAUUACGCUUCAGAAAACCAAGGUUCAGCUGAUAACAGUCAAAAGCUGCAGGUGGUCCAUGAGCACUUGCCUAUAUACGCUGCCGGCAUCCAAGAGUUUCAGAACCGAUUGGACCAUCUGCACAUAGAACACGCGAAGCUAGCAGAGACGCUGGCCAAUGACAAGAGCUGUCAGAAGAUGGAGAUGCUGCUGCAGAAGAUAAUGGCAAUUCAUCAGCAUUAUCGUGAAGACAGAUUUACUGGCAAAUUGGCAUAUAAUGAUGAGCAAAUCCACAAGUUUGAAAAAAUCCACCUGUCGUCCCACAUUAAGCGAGUGAAAUCUCUCUUUAGAGAAGACUGCGCGCAGAGAUACAAAGAGCUUUUGGCCACAACAAGGACGUGGAGCAGUGUUUUACUGGAGAUGCAGACCCGACUGCAGGACUUCAACUCUUUCUCCACGGGCUUGUUGGCAGACCUGGAGAUGAGUGAGCAGCACCAAAAUAAGGCGCUGGACAGAAUUCUUUUCAGUCUACAGUCCAAAAGAGCAGGACAAGAGCCUGGAAUACCACCCAGGGACAACGACCGGAUGGUCUCCAGGAUGCACCAUCUGAAGGAGGAAAUGGAGAUUUUGGUGAGGGAACUUCAGUGUAACAACAGCAUUAUUGAGAGUCUGGGACCAGUGAACUCUGCAGCAGCUCUGGAGCCGAGCUUGGCCAGACCUUCUACACUGUGACAAAAGUGCAGCAUCUUUACAUCUUAACUCGCAAAUUCACAUACCCUCCCUCGACAAACACCUAACGUUAACUGCCAUUCAUGAACAGUUAUGGAUCUUCUCUCAAGGACCGGCCGAAGACAAUAUAAAGUGAAUUUCAAUUUAGAGAUAAGAUGCACAGAAUGGAGAAGGAGGAAACACUGCUGAUGGAUUUUUAGUCAGUGUGUGUGUGGUUGGCGACUGAGUACAACAGUUCAAUACAAACCUCAUUAAUGCCUUGUAUUUCUAAUAGGCUGCAACUGUGAUGGACUGUCAGGAUAAAGUAAAAUGAAUGCCAAGUCAGCUGCUAGUGUUUUUCUAAGGCCGUGUUUCUUCUUUGUCCCACAGAAGAAGCACUGUGGAAUCAGCAGAACCUUAAAUGAUUCAUUUAACCAGACUGUGUAUGUGUGUGUGUCUGUGUGUUUGUUGAAGGAAGGGCUUGAGUCGUCUGCUGUCUUUUUCCUAAUGGUUGAUCAUUCAAAUGGAUACACGACUUCAUUUUUAGCUUGACUUCAUUGUAAAUUCAGUGAAUGAAUAAUGAUUGACUACAUCAUUGAUUGUCAGCUUCUUCGAGCACACACAGCACUGUAGCUUUUAAGUUACAUUUGUCUCUCUUGCUGUUGAUGUUUAACUAGAAUGAUAAGUUAUUCUUCUGUAUUUUAUCAUAGGUUUCACUGUAAAAGAGAAGGAACUAAAUCAGGGAAACUCAGCGCUCACCACAGUGUCUCCUUUUUAACAGAACCACAUAAAGCUAACAGUCCAGUGACAGUAUGAAAUGACAUUAGCCAGUUUGAUUUACAUGGUGGGGAAAUCCCAGGGUUUGUUAUUUGUUUUUAAAGGGGUCACAGGUGAUGCAUAAAAUAUACUUUUAUUGUACUGUACUAAACUUUUCUGCCAUAUUUUUAAUCUCUUGUUCGUUUUUGUAUUGAGAAAUGUUUUUUAAUCUCAGUUGAUGAAGUAAUAUAGGCUGAAAAGUGAAAGUAAAAACCAUUUCAUGUC